AUGGAUGUGUCAUUCCCGGCCGGUUUAAUAUUUCCCUCGGAUUCAAUCAAAUACUAUCGAUUCACCUUCCGCCUCCUCUUCCCCAUCUCAGAUGUAGCUCCCCGCUCUUUGCUAUCGCCGUCAUCGAAUCACCUUCCAACAUCGUUGCACAUCGCUAUCACCGCUACACCAAACUCUUCCUCGUUGGAAACCCUUCUUUUUUCCACUACUUCUGAUGAUCGGCCUCAACCUGUCGCCGCCCUCAGCCCUUCGUCAGCGAAACUCUCUUCUCGUCGGCGCCCAACCGAACCCUUCAGAUCGUUGACCACCAACAGGACCAACACCGCUGCAAUUUCCGGUGGUAACUCUUUUUGUCGACUAAUUUAUCUACCUGGAGUUCGAGUUCUUGUCACUAUAGUGGUUUUGGAACUAACUACUAAUUUAAUGAGGCAAGCUUAGCUUGCACAUUGUUAGUUUGAUACAGGAUUGUUGCUCUAUUUCACUGUUUCAGUGGAUAAUACUUGCAAUAUUUGUAUGGUUGCAAGAAAAAGAGCCAAAGCAAGAAGCAAAGGCAAUGUUAGAAAUAGUUACAAAGAAUAUCUUCAUACAAAGUAGGGUAGGACAAUUGAAAUGCAUUGUGUUUGUAUGAAUAUGAAUUGUAUUGGUUUGUAUUUAAGCUACUUCUAUGUAAUACAUUAAGUAAAUGCAAAGUAUAAUGUUAUAAUUGGC